UUAAAGAAACGCUGCUGUCGCUCGCCUGCUCGCUCCUCGCUCGGCAUUGUGGCCAGCCAGCCGGGCACUCGGGGGGUACGCGCGGCCGCCGCUCGAGCUUUGCCCCCACCCCACCCGCCGGCAGAUCUGGGGUGGGGACCCAGGCGGGGGCUCCUGCAGCCACUGCCCGGCGCGGACCGCACCGAGCGCCCCACUCCUCCCGGCGCCGAGAAAGGAGCAACGGAGCCCUCUGCAGCCGGCCGGCCUCCCCGCCCCUGACCACUCGCUUCCCGGCUGCCUUUGUGGCCGCAGCUUCUCGCCGCCGAGCCGAGGGCCGGCGGGGGCGCGGCGCGCACGGCCGAGCGAUGCCCAGCUCCCUGUUUGCAGAGCUGGAGCGCAACGGCAGCGGCGGCGGAGGGGGAGGCGGCGGCGGCGGCGGCGGCGGCGGCGGCGGCGGGGGAGAGACCCUGGAUGACCAAAGAGCCCUGCAGCUCGCGCUCGAUCAGCUCUCCCUGCUGGGGCUGGACAGUGACGAGGGCGCCUCUCUGUACGACAGUGAGCCGCGCAAGAAGAGCGUGAACAUGACCGAGUGCGUGCCGGUGCCCAGUUCCGAGCACGUCGCCGAGAUCGUGGGGCGGCAAGGUUGUAAAAUCAAAGCGCUGCGGGCGAAGACCAAUACUUACAUCAAGACCCCGGUUCGCGGGGAGGAGCCUGUCUUUGUUGUGACGGGCAGGAAGGAGGAUGUGGCCAUGGCUCGGAGGGAGAUCAUCUCUGCCGCGGAGCACUUCUCCAUGAUCCGCGCCUCGCGGAAUAAGAACACGGCGCUCAACGGCGCAGUGCCCGGGCCGCCCAACCUGCCUGGACAGACCACCAUCCAGGUGCGGGUGCCCUAUCGCGUGGUGGGGCUCGUGGUGGGGCCCAAGGGCGCCACGAUCAAGCGCAUCCAGCAGCAGACGCACACGUACAUCGUGACGCCCAGCCGAGACAAGGAGCCGGUGUUCGAGGUGACCGGCAUGCCUGAGAACGUGGACCGAGCUCGCGAGGAGAUCGAGGCGCACAUCGCCCUGCGCACGGGCGGUAUCAUUGAGCUCACGGAUGAGAACGACUUCCACGCCAACGGCACGGAUGUGGGCUUUGAUCUGCAUCACGGGUCCGGCGGGUCCGGCCCGGGCAGCCUCUGGAGCAAGCCCACCCCCAGCAUCACGCCCACCCCCGGCCGCAAGCCCUUCUCUAGCUACCGCAACGACAGCUCCAGCUCGCUCGGCAGCGCCUCCACAGACUCUUACUUCGGCGGGGGGACCGGCGGCAGCACAGCCGCCACCCCGCGCCUGGCGGACUACAGCCCCCCCAGCCCCGCGCUCACCUUCGCCCAUAACGGGAACAACAACAACGGCAACGGAUACACCUACGCGGCGGGGGAAGCUUCCGUGCCUUCCCCCGACGGCUGUCCCGAGCUACCGCCCACCUUCGACCCGGCCCCCGCCCCCCCGCCUGGGGCGCCCCUGCUCUGGGCUCAGUUCGAGCGGUCCCCGGGGGGCGGGCCUGCGGCGCCCGUCGCCUCUUCCUGCUCUUCCUCCGCGUCUUCUUCCGCUUCGUCCUCCUCGGUGGUCUUUCCCGGGGGCGGCGCCAGCGCGCCCUCCAAUGCCAACCUGGGGCUGCUGGUGCACCGCCGGCUGCACCCGGGCACCAGCUGCCCGCGCCUGUCCCCGCCCUUGCACAUGGCGCCGGGGACGGGCGAGCACCACCUGGCGCGCCGGGUGCGCAGCGACCCGGGCGGAGGGGGCCUGACCUACGCCGCCUAUGCCAACGGGCUGGGGGCGCAGCUGCCGGGCCUGCAGCCGUCGGACACCUCCGGCUCGUCGUCGUCGUCCAGCUCCUCCUCCAGCUCCUCCUCCUCGUCGUCGGGGCUGCGGCGGAAGGGCAGCCGCGACUGCUCCGUGUGCUUCGAGAGCGAGGUGAUCGCCGCGCUCGUGCCCUGCGGCCACAACCUCUUCUGCAUGGAGUGCGCCAACCGCAUCUGCGAGAAGAGCGAGCCCGAGUGCCCGGUCUGCCACACCGCGGUCACUCAGGCCAUCCGCAUCUUCUCCUGAAGGCGGCGCGCGCCUGCGCGCACCCCGCGGGGAGGGGGUGGGGGGGA